AGUGUAAGAUCGGCGGAGCGAAUAUGGUAUGCCCUCCUCCACCUCGAAGAAGAGGCGGCGACGCCAAGAGUGAAAGUGAGAAAAAGAGAGGAGAUGGAGCGUGUGCGCGUGCUGCUCCUUCCUUCAUAAGCAACGCCAAGACACACAGGAGGAGAGAGAGAGAGAAAGAGAGGCGAGCGGAGCAUUUUAUAGGCGGGGGGGAGAGAGAGGGGGGAGGCCCCCGGCGUCGAGGACGGCGAUGGGGGACUCCGGCGGCUCCGUGGUGUCGGUCGACGUCGAGCGCAUCUCCUUCGGCGGCAAGGAACAUCAUAUACAAACAAAUCAUGGAUCUGUAUCUGUUGCAGUGUAUGGUGAUCAUGACAAGCCUGCUCUUGUUACUUAUCCAGAUGUUGCUUUAAAUCAUAUGUCUUGUUUCCAAGGAUUACUCUUCUGCCCUGAAGCUGCUUCACUACUGCUUCACAAUUUUUGCAUUUACCAUAUCAGCCCCCCAGGACAUGAGUUGGGAGCUACUCCAAUUUCACUGAAUACACCUCUACCAUCUGUUGAUGACUUGGCGGAUCAGGUCGCGGAUGUUCUUGAUUUCUUUGGAUUAGGUUCUGUUAUGUGCUUAGGUGCCACGGCGGGUGCUUACAUUCUUACUCUCUUUGCAGCAAAGUAUAGGGAGCGUGUAUUAGGUCUCAUACUUGUUUCGCCCCUAUGUAAAGCUCCUACUUGGACUGCGUGGUUUUAUAGUAAGGUGGAGUCGAAUCUGUUGUAUUACUAUGGGAUGUGUGGGUUGAUCAAGGAAAGCUUACUGCAGCGGUUCUUCAGCAAGGAAGUAAGGGGAUGCUCUGAGUUACCUGAAUCAGAUAUAGUGCAGGCUUGUAGAAGUUUGCUAGAUCAGCGGCAGAGCAUGAACGUAUGGCGAUUUGUACAGACAAUGAACGGGAGAUAUGAUUUGAGGGAAGAGCUGAAGCAGCUUCAGUGUAGAACCCUUAUUUUUGUUGGCGAGAAUUCUCAGUUCCAUGCCGAGGCCGUUCAUAUGACAGCAAAGCUUGAUAGGAGAUAUUGUGCUCUAGUUGAGGUGCAAGCAUGCGGGUCACUCGUGACGGAGGAGCAACCUCAUGCAAUGCUUAUACCCAUGGAGUACUUCUUCAUGGGGUACGGCCUCUACAAGCCAAGCCAGCUCGAGUGCAGCCCGCGCAGCCCCCUCAGCCCAUUUUGUAUAUCGCCGGAGCUCCUUUCGCCCGAGAGCAUGGGAGUAAAGCUAAAGCCGAUCAAGACACGAGCGCGGCUUGAAGUGUAGACCAAGUGAAUAAGAACGGCAUAGGUGUUCUGCCAUUUAGGGUAAAAUUUUAGGCUAACAUGUGGAUCGACGAUAUAUUUGUGUUAAUACUGUUAUGUAGAUAAGAAAUGGUAGGUUGGGUAGGUUGGUGGUUCUAUUCCAUUCCAUUUCAUUGAUCUUUAGCCUGUAAAUUGUUAUACUUACUAAAUUGUUGAUUAAAGCAAAAAGGGAAAUAAUAGGGAAA